GUUUCCUUGCUAUCAGAACGUAUUCGCCGUGUUCUGUUUACAAUACUGCGGUCGCGUCCAUCAUCAUCACUAGGUACUAGGUACGCUCGUUUCCCUGCUCCUACCGUUCAGUAUUAUUAUGUCUCGCACGAUUCGUUGGUGAUGUCCAAAGGCGUGGUGCAUUCGCGUAUUUUCGAAAGCUACUUCGCGUGACGAUUGAUCUCGGAAGUGGCGGUCGACCAACGAUACGCAACAAUGAUUCCGUGUUACGCGACGAUCUAUGUUCUUUCAGUGGCCGUAUUCAGUGUCAAUGCUUUUCAUGCGAAAGAUCCGUUGGCGCAUCACGGAAGAUGUGAACCGAUCACGAUCAACCUAUGCAUGAAUAUUCCGUACAAUGAAACGAUUAUGCCAAAUCUAAUGAACCAUCAAAAGCAAGAAGAUGCUGGCCAAGAAGUUCAUCAAUUCGCACCCUUGGUCAAGAUGAAGUGCAGCCCUGAUCUUCGUUUCUUCUUGUGCACGGUGUACGCGCCUGUAUGCACUAUCAUUGACAGAGCAAUACCUCCGUGCAGAUCGCUAUGCGAGAGUGCUCGAGCAGGGUGUGAGCGAUUGAUGAACAGUUUCGGCUUCGCGUGGCCGGACAAUCUCGAUUGUUCCAAGUUACCCGAAAACGGCGGUCCUGAAUUAUGCGUGGGUCACAACGAGACCACACCGCCUGAACCCUCGCCACCGGUUUAUACGCCACCGCUUAUGCCUGUACCUGAAUUUCAACCGUCCUGGACCGGAGGACCAAAACCGUACGGUAGCGGAUUUAUGCUCGGUGCCAGGGAUUUUGGUUUUGUUUGUCCAAUGCAGUUCAAGGUCCCGCAUGAACUUGGUUACUCGUUGAAGGUCGGCGACAAAGUUGAGCUUAAUUGCGGCGCUCCUUGUGAUGGAAUGUUUUUCACCGAGAGGGAACGACGAUUUUCAAGGAUCUGGGUUGGCACUUGGGCCUCCGUUUGUGCAGCUUCUUGUUUUUUCACUUUCUUGACGUUUCUCAUUGACACAGAUAGGUUCAGGUAUCCCGAGAGGCCAAUCAUUUUUUUGUCAGUAUGUUACCUUAUGGUAGCAUUGGCGUAUGUGAUUGGUUGGGCAGCUGGCAAUUCCAUUGCCUGCAGAGAGCCUUUUCCACCUCCUCUAGAUAUGAGAAUUCAAAUGGCAUCAACAAUAUCCCAAGGUACCAAGCAUGAAUUGUGUACAGUACUUUUCAUGGUGCUUUACUUUUUUGGGAUGGCAUCCAGUAUCUGGUGGGUCAUCUUAACAUUGACAUGGUUCCUAGCUGCUGGGUUAAAAUGGGGCCACGAAGCAAUAGAAGCUAAUUCACAGUAUUUUCAUUUAGCAGCUUGGGCUGCUCCAGCAAUAAAAACAGUUACUAUACUUGCAUUGGGAAAGGUAGAAGGAGAUAUAUUGUCUGGUGUUUGUUAUGUGGGCCUCUGGAAUGUUGAGGCUCUACGUGGGUUUGUUUUGGCACCAUUAUGCGUUUAUCUAAUCCUUGGCACUGCCUUCUUAUUGGCAGGAUUUGUUUCUCUUUUCCGCAUACGUACUGUUAUGAAGCACGAUGGUACAAAGACUGACAAACUAGAAAAAUUAAUGAUACGUAUUGGCAUAUUUUCUGUGUUAUACAUAGUUCCUGCAUUGAUUGUCAUUGCUUGCUUAUUUUAUGAGCAAGCAUAUUUUGAUCAGUGGAUGUUGACUUGGAACAUGGAGAUGUGUUCAAGGCCUGGACCACAAUCCUUAUAUUCGAUGCCGUGCCCAGUUGGAGAGCGUACCCGCGAUGUCGGGAGGCGGCCAGAAUUUGAGAAGAGCAACCAAAUAACAUUCUGUAGAAUUAAAUCUUUUAAAAGUGUCAACGCAGAAGAAGCUUAUAUGUAAAAAGGAGUAGAUUAUGCAAAAACGAACCUAACUACGGCUACAUAACAAGCACCGAGAGAUACCAGAGAAAGUGCUACAUGAAAUAUGACAACAGUAAUCCCAUAAUCCUUUGCUACUAUUUUAAAUCUUUCUUUCUUGGAUAAAUAUGGUGUAGGUGUAACCACCUGAUGUUUUCUAUCAUUCGAUAUAUUAUUUGGCAGUUGAGAUGCUUUCGUUGAAUAUCCCAUAU